CACCCCGUAGCCAGCCGGGACAGUAUACACGAGAGAAGGCGUGUGAAGACAAGCACAACACGUCACGUAGGGAUGAUCGAAAGCAUUUAUUCGGACGUCGCUAAUAACCCGGAAGUGCUGAGCAAGGCACAGAGCUCCGCCCCCCCUCCCCCCCAUGCGCGCUCCCGCGGCAGGAGGGGGGAGGAUACGGAAUUUCGCGCGACACCUGCCGUGGUAUCGACAGGGUGGACAUUUGUGUCGAUCCAGCCAGCGCGCCGAGACAAAGGCAACAAAACACAAAGGACUUGAAGGCAGACAUGGCGACGUCAACAUGGACUAGAAGAAGAGCCUUCGAGUGUUCUUCGUGGCCACGUCGCGCGGGAGUGUUGUGGAGCUGAGUGGAGCAAACACCGCCAUGUUGUCUUCAUUCAGGUUGUCACGUCUCCACAGGUGAGGCCCCUCCACCCCUACAAGCUGGCCCCCCUGACGAGGGCCACCAUGGACCUGUGUGAGCAGGAGCUGGAGAGGAGAUACGAGAUGGUGCCCUCGGUGGUGUGCUCCAUCAGCUGCCUCUUUGGAGUCAUCUACUGCUUCUUUGGCUACAGAUGCUUCAAGGCGGUGUUGUUCCUCACCGGCCUCAUGUUCGGCUCCGUGGUCAUCUUCAUGCUGUGCUACAAGGAGAGAGUGAUGGACACUCAGCUCAGCAUCGAGGCGUCAGUGGGCAUCGGCCUUGGCAUCGGGACCUUGUGCGGCCUGGUGACCAUGUUGGUUCGUAGCGUGGGACUGUUCAUGGUGGGCCUGCUGCUGGGCCUGCUGGUUGGCGUGGCUUCCCUGGUGGUCAUGGAGGAAUUUUACCAUCCUAAAACAGUCUGGGUUCCUCUUGGAAUUCUCCUGGGCUCUGGGACCUUGUUUGCCGUCCUUACUCUUCAGUGGCAACGCUGCUUCGUCACCUUCUCCACAGCCACCUUCGGCUCGGCCGUCAUCACCAUCACAGUGGACUACUUCAUAGAGCUGUUUGCCUUGGUCAACUACGUGUUCGAGAGACUCAAGGUGGCGCCCAAGAAGCCAGUGUGCUGGUUCACCUGGGUCAUUAUGGGGGUGUGGCCUGUCCUGGCCCUGCUGGGAGUGCUUAUUCAGUGGAAAGUCACCGCCGAGGGCUUUUCACACACAGAAGUGGUGGUGAGUCGGCAGCAGAGGCGAGUCCAGCUGAUGCGCAUCCGGCAGCGAGAGGAGAAGCUGAGGAAGGAGAAGAAGAAGAAGAAGAAGGCGCACCACCCACAGUACCACCACCCCGCCAACACCUCGCAGGCGCCCAAAGCCCCGCCUCCUCACGCCGAGCCCGGCCUCCAUCGCAAGCCCCUCCCCAAGAAGCGCCUGGAAGGAGACGUGCUGUCAGCGAGCUACAUCCGCAGUUUCAGGGACAGACAAACGGACAGACGAGUGUACUCCCAGAGUCGAAUGAUGAGCCGCUCCAGGAUGGCUGGACUCGACUAUGACUGCGGCUCCCAAGUACCCCUCACAGCGCCCUCCGGACCGCCGGUUCGCAUCUGAUACCUGCAAGGCACAGACCCUCCCAACGCUGACUGUGUGGCCAAGGUGGUCGGCCAUGUUGGAGGUUGUGUUGACGCAGCCUGUUUCGCCUUUUCAAAACGUAAAGCCACAAGAGAACCCAGAAGUGCAUGCCAUUGAAGCCACGGCACCUUGGUCGUUGGAUGGAAACCUCCGUCACGCCAUCUGAGAGAUGCCGGGAGCAUGGACUUGCCAGGUGCAAUUUUUAUUUCAUGUCUGCUCAACUUGUCGUUUGUUUGUCGAAGGAAGCUGCCACUGCCUUCAGAAGCUGCAGGAUGAGGAAGGUACGGUCCAGAACAUUCCUUCGUCUUCUCUCUUGCAAGACCUUCUCAUCUCAUCUGUCGGCCCUCGGUCUCUACCGUAGUGCACACACAUGUCAAUGUAAUCCUUUUGACUUGUUUUGACUUCAUUUCAAUGAAAAACUAAUGUUUGUCAAAGUAAACCGGGUUAGUUUAUGCCUCAGCCCUCACUUAAAGCCCGGGUGAAGAAUGCAUUACUGACCUGAUAAGAAGGACGAUGCAGAAUUACCUGCUCACAGGUUCUACCUGGUGGUUGUUUGUGCACACUGCAACUAGUCCUGGACACAUUGACCAACCCACGACCCUCUGUGCUUCGGUCACAAGAAGGAUUCUCCAGGGAACGAGGCAAAAACUAACCCAGACGUCCUGUCUAAGACAGAAAAAAUGAAAUAAACACCAUAAAUGGCUGCCGCAUGCCCUUGUUCUGUCGAAAUGAGCUGCUUCGUCCAAAAAAGCUACCGGUUGCAUAAUUUCAAAAAAUGCUACCUUAAGUUUCGAAACGCUCUCACUGCAGAGUGGCUAUGAUUGAGUUAUUAAUACCAUAGAGUGGUUGCACAUUCCGACAGGUAUCAAAUAAUGCUCCCGCUCCCGCAUGGUAGUCGGGCACGACUCUUAUGGUUGUAGUUCCUCUCUGAACACGCAACCUUUGUUUUCACGAUAGCUGCUGUUGUUGAAACCAGGGGUGCCCAAACUUUCUGCAUCCGAGGUCCAAAGUGUCCCUAAACCUAACGGCCAUUUUUACCGUGCGAUGCACCCCGAGUGAGGAAACUAGCCACGUACCGCCAAAUAUAAAUGUAAGGUAGUCAAUUGCGGCAGUUUGGUUCUACACCAAAAUACUGUAAAUAAAUAGAAAAACUGUACCACUGUUGUUUUUACGAUAUAAUUUUUAGGUUUUAAAAUCUAUGGCCAUUUGGUUUCUUUACAGUACAUUACUGUAAAUUGGAAAAACAAGAACUGUUAUUUUUUUGGUACAAUUUUGGCGAGUUUUCUGCAGAAACGUCGACGGUCAUUGUCGCUAUAAAUUGAAAAAACAGUACCGCUGUUACUUUUUAGGCACAAUUCUAGAGACUGAGCUGCUACUUUUUUUGCCCUAAAAUCUACUGUUUUUAAGAAGUUGUUGUUGGUACCAGUGAGGAUUUUACCACACAUUUCAGCGACUGAGCUGCCAGGUUUUUACGGUAAAAUCUACUGAUUUUUUUGCUAGCCACAUUUUGGCAGGCCAAACGAAAUGAAACAACGGGCCCGCGGGCCCCACUUUAGGCAUCCCUCGUUUAAACGGUGAUUUAGGUUUCCAUCGUUAGCAUCAACGUCAACUUCCUCGCGCUGUAAUUGUCUACAUGCUUCCUGGUGAGAAGACACCAUGACAUCUCCAUCUGAGGGUGGCGGGGGUUGCUGGAGCCUAUCCCAACUGUGUUUACAAACCAUUACGAACCUUUAGAUGCUAAGUAUGUAGCGUGAGUUAGCUCAUUUCGACAGAACACAGGUGAUCAUGAUCAAAGCACUGCCAUGAAGUGGUGCAGACACACAAAAGGAGAGUGAAGGGAUGGUAUGCAACAUUGAAAUGUAAUUAAGUCUGGGUUUGGGUUGUUUUGGACCAUACAUGUGAUGUUUACAUACCACAUGUUACAUUGAAAUGUAAUUAAGUCUGGGUUUGGGUUGUUUUGGACCAUACAUGUGAUGUUUACAUACCACAUGUUACAUUGAAAUGUAAUUAAGUCUGGGUUUGGGUUGUUUUGGACCAUACAUGUGACGUUUACAUACCACAUGUUACAAGUAAAAUGUAAUUAAGUCUGGGUUUGGGUUGUUUUGGACCAUACAUGUGACGUUUACAUACCACAUGUUACAGUAAAAUGUAAUUAAGUCUGGGUUUGGGUUGUUUUGGACCAUACAUGUGAUGUUUACAUAUCCCAUGUUACAGUAAAAUGUAAUUAAGUCUGGGUUUGGGUUGUUUUGGACCAUACAUGUGAUGUUUACAUACCACAUGUUACAUUGAA